AUGCGCCAGGAAAGUGUGUAUGAACAAGAAGAUCUAGACGAGGACGACGAGGAGGAGGAGGAGGAGGAUGAGGAAGACGAGGAAGAGGAGGAGGAGGAGGAGGACGACGAAGGCGGCGACGACGACCCCGGGGGCUUGCAGGCCCUCCUCAAUCGCCUCGGCGGGGGUCUCGAUGGUCUUCUCCCGAACACGAGCCGCACGCACGGCCGUCUGAAGCAGAUCCUAGCGGGCCUUCGCGCAGAGGGCGACGAGACACGUCAGAUGGGCGCCCUUCACUCGCUGUGCGAGGUGCUCGUCAUCUCCUCGGAGGAGUCCCUCAUCACGCUGUCGAUCGACGCUUUCACUCCCGUGCUCGUUCAGCUCAUGCAGUACGAGCACAAUCCCGACUGCAUGCUCCUAGCCGCGCGCGCGCUAACGUCAAUGGCGGACAUCCUGCCGAACUCCCGUGCCGCCAUCGUGCACUACGGCGCCUUGCCCACGUUUUGCAGCCGGCUGCUCACCAUCGAAUACAUCGACCUAGCUGAGCAGUCGCUGCAGGCGCUGGAGAAGUUGUCGCAAGACCAGGGCGCGAGCUGCCUGCGCGAGGGUGGGAUGAUGGCGUGUUUGAGCUACCUCGACUUUUUCGCACUCGGCAUGCAACGCGUGUCGCUGCAGACAGUCGCGAACAUGUGCCGCCAGCUCCCGGCGAGCGAUUGCUGGGAGCUCGUAUCCGACUCAGUCCCGGUGCUGACUAACUUGCUGUUGCACGACGACGGACGGUUGGUCGAGAGCGCGUGCACUUGCCUCACGCUCAUCGCGGCUAAUUUUAGCGCGCGGCCUGAGCGCUUGCAGGCAAUGUGCACGCAUGGACUGAUUCCGAAUGCGACGAGGCUGAUUUCCCCCGUCUCAUCCGGGGGCACCACCGUCGGGCCCUCGACCUAUCGCAGUCUAAUUCGUCUCAUCGCGACAUGCUGUAAGAGUUCCGCGGACGUAGCGGAACAGCUGCUGCGAAAUGCUCUGCCGGUCACGCUCAAGUCCGUGCUCGCUGGAUGCAACGUGCUCUCGACAACCGCGGCUUCCCCGGCCUCGCCGGUGGUUUCCACUGAUCAGCUUUUGGAGGUGGUCACCCUGACGAACCAGCUUCUUCCUUCUAUUCAGCCGGGAAGCGGCGCAUCCGAUUCGCCCCUCAUCGCGUUGCGCGUAGACGCGGCCGCACCUACGUCGUCCACAACCGCAGUGGUUGAGAGUGGGGGCGGGAAGUCGACCGCGGAAACAGCGAAUGCGGGUGGCAUCACUCUCGAGCAAAUCUUGCGAGCCGAGCCUGAGCUUCUUCGCGAGUACGGGUCGAAUCUUACCGCAGCGCUGAUGCAAGUGAUCGUGGCGUCCGUGGGGAGCAACGUAAGGUUGCAGUGUCUGGCAUCGCUCGCAAAGUUCCUCCAUCAUGCGCCGCCAGAGAUGCUCUCCUCUGGUCCCGCUGCGCUUCAGCCGGGACAGAUGGCGUCUUUCCUCGCCGGUCUCGUGUCUUCGCGCGACUCUGCUGUGGUACAGGUAGCUCUUUAUCUUGUGGACCUUCUAAUGGACAAGCUCCCGGACACGUUUAGUAGAGUGUUUAGGAAAGAGGGCACAGUGCACGCUAUUGAGCAGCUCUGCGCGCAGAAAUUCGAGGAGGCAACCGUGGAUGACAACAACAGCCACUCAGGAGGAAAUGUCACUCCGCGCGAUAAAGUAGUUCCACCUGGUGUGGAUAACGAAAGCGUCGACUUCGCAACACCGAUUAGGACUGGUGGAUCCUGUCGCACCGUAGUGGACACGCCGCAGCGUCGAGCUGCGGUGGAACGCGCUGUCUCUCUUCGCACUGCGCACUUCAAUGCCGCCGCGACGGGUGGCGCGGUAGACCUACUCCAAAAAGCGUCCGCGCCGCUCCGCACCGCUGGUUCUGACCCUGAGACAGCCGCCGCGGUCGCGAUACAUUUCCUAACCGCGCUAGACGAAGGCGAGGGCGCGUCAACGUUUGAGUUCAUCGAGUGCGGCGGCGUCAACGCGCUCGCUUCGUAUUUCAGCGGCGGUGACCUUCCCGAGGAAGACAGUUGGGGCGAGUCAAUCGCCGCGCGGCUCUCUGCGUUUGUUCGCGCGGCUUCCAUUAAUCUAUCACAAAAAACGAUGCGUGGAAUAGUGGAGCGAUUGCUAGACGCCUUGGCUGUGACGGAGGAGAUGCCCGUGCGGCUCAGCGCGGGCUCGGAGGGCGGUAGCAGUGGAAGGGGAGCGAGCCGGAGCGCAUCGCGCGGCAGCGCGGGUGAAUCUGCCGCGAGCGAUGGUCUGAGCGUCCUCGCACGGCCUUUCAAGCUUCGGUUAUGCCGUGCUACUGGAGCGCGCGCGGGACUGAAGGAAUACUCCUCGAAUGUUAUUCUCGUGGAGCCCCUCGCUACGCUAACGGCCAUCGAGGACUUUCUGUAUCCUCGCGUGCACAAACCAGAGAGCGCCGCGGCUACUUCUACGGCGUCCGCAGCAUCUGGGGAAGCUGAGAACUCGCAUGAUGUUGCCCGACAGCCAAACGGACCAUCUGAGAAGAAGGAUGCGGAUGCCAAGGCUGAGACUGCUCAGCAAGCGGAUGAAGACGAUGAAGAAGAUGACAACGUCGAGGAGGAAGACGAGGAGGAAGUGAUCGAUGACGACGCAGAAGAAGAAGAGGAAGACAUCCCGCGUGCUGAACAAGUGGAGGAUGUGGAUCCCGCUGAAAGAUCAGCUUCUCCAUCAACGCCAUCUACGACUGCUGCCGCGGUGGCGGCAGCAGCCCCACCGCGACUGCUAUUUCACGCGUCCGGGGUUGAUCCUUUUCACCCCGCGACGAGUGUGCUGCAAGCUGUGCACGCGGCGGCGCUCGCGGCGGCGGCAACCGAGAAUGGAACUCACGCGAGAGAAGCUGGCGACGAUGCCGAGGGUGGCAGGCUGAGCACGGCGAGUUUAUGGGAGAAAACCCACACGCUGUACUACGCGAUUCCGGUUGACGGGCAAGCGCUUCCGCCGCCGCCGCCAAGCUCGGGCGCGGGCGCCGCUGCAGCUGUGAUGGACUCGUCAGAUGCGACCGAAGCUCUCGCAGCAUUUGGUCCGCGCGACCGCCGCGCCGCUUUAGGGAGCGUUCUCCCGGCACUUCGCGGCAAGUUGUGUGGCGACGCCCCCCCGUCUGGGUUGACGGACACCGUAAAGUCUAUCAUAUCCGUGCUAUCCGUGUUUCACCGAAUCAUAACCUCCGCGCCACGUCUCUUCGCGCUAGGAGACGUCGAGGAUGAGAACGUGACGGCGACGAAUAUCAAUGCGGCGCUCGCGCUUCCAAGUGACGCCUUCUUAAGCUCCAAGUUGGCGGGCAAGAUGGUAAGGCAACUGCAGGACACACUGGCGUUAUGCACCGGGAGCUUACCUGCGUGGUGCACUGUUAUCGCUCGUUCAUGUCCAUUCUUAUUCCCAUUCGAGGCGAGGCAGCAGCUGUUUUACUGCACCACGUUUGGAUUGGCGCGUGCACUGCAUCGUUUACACGGGCAGACACAAGAAAAUGGAGGCGGCGGGGGCAACGGUGGGGCCGGUGGGCGGGAGUUGAGGGUAGGGCGACUGCAGCGGCAAAAGGUUCGAGUGUCGCGCGAGCGAAUACUCGAAUCAGCCGUUAAGGUUUUCGACAUGACCGGCGCGCACAAGAUGGUGCUCGAGGUUGAAUUCUUAAACGAGGUGGGCACUGGCACGGGGCCGACGUUGGAGUUCUACACCUUACUCUCCAAGGAACUCACGCAGCGCGCACUGGGGGCAUGGAGAGACGUUCCCAACGCAGACGGAACCGGGAGCGACAUCAAAUACGUAAACGCCCCGCACGGUUUAUUCCCAGCGCCCGUGAGUUCUAGUGCAUACGAUGUUGCGCCCCCGGGCUCUCCGGGUAAGCUCACGCGCGGGGAUCUAUUCCGUCUUCUCGGGCGCGUGGUUGGCAAGGCGCUCCAGGACGGGCGGCUGCUCGACCUCGGUCUCAGCCCGGCGUUUUUUCGCGCCAUCACUGGUCGCACACUCGCGUUGGCCGACCUCUCCGAGAUCGAUCCUGAACUCGGACGCACGCUCACGCAGCUUUCAACUGCGGCGCGUCGUAUCGACGCGUUGAAAAAGGCCGGGGCGGACUUCCCCUCGGUAACAGUUGGAGGGGCCGCGAUUGAGGACCUCUGUAUGACGUUCACGCUGCCAGGAGACGACGCGUUUGAACUCAAACCCGGAGGAGCGGACGUUGCGAUAACCGCGGAAAACAUCGCAGAGUACGUCGACGCGGUCGUCGACGCGACUGUUGGCGGCGGCGUCGCUAGGCAGAUCGACGCGUUUCGAAGCGGACUUUCGGACAUAUUACCACCGCAGGCCCUCGUCGUGUUCUCUGAGGCCGAGCUUGACUGCAUGCUGUGCGGCCAAGGGCAGAAGUGGACGACUGAGCUUUUGAGUGAGUGCGUAACGUAUGAUCACGGGUACACCGCGCAGUCCCCACCGAUCAGAUCGCUGAUGGAGACGAUGUGUGGAUUCGGGCCGGAAGAGCAACGAUCUUUCUUGCGCUUUGUCACCGGGGCUCCGAGGAUGCCGCCGGGGGGGCUCGCAGCGCUACAGCCACGACUCACGGUGGUGUGCAAGCAACCCUCGGGUGGCGGUGGGGGGGCGAGCACGCGUCAACUAGCGGAAGGCACCGUGUUGGCGGACAAAGAUCUGCCCUCGGCGAUGACGUGCGCGAGCUACCUCAAGCUCCCGCCGUACAGUCGCGUUGAGGUUCUCAAAGAACGACUCACGUACGCCAUCACGGAAGGAGUGGCGAGUUUCGAUCUGAGCUAGCUAGCGUGAAAAUUGUCAUGACGAACGAACGAACGAUGCGAGCG